AACGGACGUUCUAGGAAACUUCUAAGCUUGACAAGCAGCACUCGAUUGUACGUUUCCAAAAUGGCGGCGUUCACUAGCUGUCUCGUGGGGCAGCUGCAGUUUCAGGUAUUACGUCACCGGCCAGAUCUUUCUUUAUUGGCUAACGUACAACGACGUUGCAUCCAAACCACCUCAGCAUGCCUAAAGAAUCGAGCUGCCCGUGUACGAGUGGGAAAAGGAGACAAACCUGUCACUUAUGAACAAGCACAUCCGCCCCACUUCAUCGCACACAGGAAAGGAUGGCUGUCCCAGCACACUAGUAACCUGGAUGGAGAAGGGGGUGCUGCUGAGCGCACCAUAGAGGAUGUCUUUAUCCGCAAGUUUAUUUUUGGUACCUUCCACGGAUGCUUGGCCAAUGAAAUAGUGAUCAAACGUCGUGCAAAUCUUAUAUCCAUCUGUGCCAUCUUUAUUCGCAAGUUGCCGCCGCAGAAAUUCUACUUUCUGAUUGGCUACACAGAAAUGUUACUUUCAUUCCUGUACAAAUGUCCUGUCAAAAUGGAAGUGCAAACAGUAGAAGAGAAAGUAAUAUAUAAGUACCUUUAACCCUAAUGUAGGGUAAAGGCAACAACACUUUAAUUGCUAGUUAUACACUUCCAAA